AGAAAGAAACAGACAGAAACAGAGAAAGAUCGACAUCAGGAUCGAAGCGACACUUCUUGUCGGACGAUCUGGAUCGCACCUCGGGAUCUCCGCGCACCUCGAAUUCGUUAUUUCCAAUGCAGCCUGCGUUUCCUGCUUUGCCUUGCGUCUGAUUUUAUCGUGUGCUUCGAUUUGUUGCGCCCGAAGAAGAAGAAGAAGAAGCUCGUGAUAAGCAAACGCUAUAAGAUAAACACGAAACACGAGAAGAAAAGCGAUCGCGUCAACUCGAGUCAAGAAAUAACGCGAGGAAAAAUCUUUGUUGUCUACAUACUUCCUCCCUUAUCUCUUGCCGCAGACGGAAAAAACUCGGCAACGUUCAUCAGAUUGGGGAAAGCCCGUAAUCGGAAAAAUCGCGAUGGAUCGCGUGUUAUCGCGCGCGGGAUUAAAGACACCCGUCAUCAAGGCAUCGUCAAUCGACAAGAUCGUCUUUCCACCUUCCCGGUCGGUUGUGUGCGACAAUUGUAACAAUUAAUUACGGAUGACGCUCGUCUUUAUCAUCAAAUCGUCUUUAUCAUCAAUUUGUCGUUCAAACGCAUGUACACACGCACAGACGCCGAAACACAGGCAGGUUGUGCAGUCGCAGAAUUGCAUUAGUUCCGCACGGGGAUUGGCCGUCGCAAAGCGCCCACGUUAUUCAUUGUGCGGUAGAUGAAGUAACAAUUCGAAGGCGAGAGUGGAUAAUCGUGUUUGAGAAAGCAUUCGAUUGCAGACACGCGGCGCGCUUUUCUCUUCAUGGGCGGCGGCAAAUUCGAGACUUGGCCGAGUGGCGGCGCGCGUCGUCCCGACGCGUCGACCUCGCUGCGGCAGAGCAGCGCCAUUUCCGCGUUUCUCUGCUUCACGUGCGGUGCUUGUUUCGUCUUGAGCUUGAUCUGCACGUGUCUGGCGACGUUGGUCGUGCUGCUGGACCAGACCGUCGAGGCGGCGAGCUAUCGACACGAUUCAAAUAGACCAGAGCCAUUCACAGUGAUGGGCAAGGACAUAGAGUCUGAUGUAAGCUUCCGGCUGCCAAAGGAAGUCAAGCCUGUACAUUAUGAUCUUUUCCUGCACCCAAAUCUUCAACAAGGCACAUUUUCCGGCAACGUGACCAUUCUCCUUGAUGUUCUUGAUAGGAGAAGGACCAUAGCUCUUCACCAAAAAGGCCUCAACAUCCAGUCUGCGAAUCUGACUACAUAUGAUCGAGAAGAGAACUUUGAGAUCGAACUCUCCUCUAUCAGUAAACCCACAAAGUAUGAGAUCUUUGUGAUAUCUGCCAAGGAUGAGUUCAGUUCAGGAUUGUACAACUUGAACCUGAAGUUUGAUGGCAGUCUUCAGGACAAAAUAGUUGGCUUCUAUUCCAGCAAGUACAGGGAUCCUCAAAAUAAAACUAGGCUCAUUGCUACUUCCAAAUUUGAACCAACUUAUGCUAGACAAGCUUUCCCGUGUUUCGACGAGCCGAGUUUUAAGGCAGAAUUCACGAUAAAGUUAGUUCAUCCCACAGGUGAUUGCUAUGGUGCCUUAUCCAACAUGAACAUAGAGAGUACAUUGGUGAACCAACCAGCGUCUGGUCUGACGACAGUGAACUUUGCAAAGACCGUGCCCAUGUCGACGUACUUGGCAUGUUUCAUCGUCAGCGAUUUUGUGGCUGUAACCAAGAUGGCGAAGGGCUUAAACGGUCGAGAAUUUCCGAUCAGUGUUUAUACUACAAAAGCACAAAAGGAAAAGGGAUCUUUCGCCAUGGAUAUCGGUGUGAAAGCUAUCGAAUAUUACAUAGACCUAUUCCAGAUAGAUUAUCCAUUACCGAAACUCGAUAUGGCUGCUAUUCCGGAUUUCGUAUCUGGCGCCAUGGAAAAUUGGGGUUUAGUGACUUACAGAGAAGCAAGACUUCUUUACGAUAACGUUACGAGCUCCACCGCGACAAAGCGCGAUAUCGUGAACGUAAUCUGUCACGAAUUCGCUCAUAUGUGGUUCGGAAACCUCGUCACAUUAGCCUGGUGGAACGAUUUGUGGUUAAACGAGGGUUUUGCAACAUUCAUGUCGUUCAAAAGUGCCGAUACCUUUCUACCAGACUGGGGAUUUAUGGAACAGUUUCUCAUUAAUGAGAUACAUACCGUAUUCGUAACCGAUGCGAAAUUGAGUUCGCAUCCUAUAGUUCAGACGGUCAAAAAUCCAGAUGAGAUAACAGCCAUCUUCGACGAAAUAACAUAUCAAAAGGGGUCAUCUGUGAUUCGCAUGAUGGAGAAUUUCAUCGGGCCUGAUAUUUUCUACGGUGCAAUCACCGCCUAUCUGAAUAAGUAUGCCUAUCAGAAUGCAGAAACCGCGGAUCUCUUCAAUAUUCUGCAAGACGCAGUCGGAAAUAAGAUAAACGUAACUGAUAUUAUGAACACCUGGACGCGGCAGAAAGGCUUUCCUGUUAUCAACGUGCGAAAAUCCGGGAACUCGUAUGUGCUAACUCAGAAACGGUUCCUGGCUGAUCCAGAUGCCAAGUCCGAUCCCUCGGAAUCGGAUUAUGGAUACAAAUGGACAGUACCCAUAACUUACAUCACAAACAAGAAGUCGCAACCUAUUCUCGUGUGGUUUGAUAAAGAUGCAAAUGAACUGCUAAUCGAGCUCGAUGAGCCCACCGAGUGGAUUAAAUUCAACGUGGAUCAGGUUGGUUACUAUCGAGUUAAUUAUCACCUGGAGGAUUGGAAAACUCUCUGUAAUCUACUUCGGGACGCUCAUAAGAGAUUAUCGGUAUCAGACCGUACGAAUCUCUUGGAAGAUGCCUUUAGCUUAGCGGACGCCAGCGAGCUCGAGUAUGGCAUCGCGAUGGAUAUAACUGCGUAUCUUCCAGAAGAGAGUCACUCCGUUCCAUGGGCGGUCGCGAACUCGAAACUGACAACAAUCGACACUUUAUUAUCCUCCACGAAUAUAUCAUCAAAGUUCAAGAAUUACGUGAGGGAUCUCGUGGAUAGCACGUACCACGAUGUAAGUUGGGACGUCAGUGAUGCCGAAGAUAACGUGAUGCUAAGAUUGCGACCGACGGUGCUUGAGCUCGCCUGUACUGUGGGUCACACGGAAUGCCUGGACGAAGUUGGCGAGAUCUUCAAGAAAUGGAUAAGUGACUCCAACGAUACGCGACCGCAUCCCGACAUUCGUCAACUUAUUUACUACUACGGUAUGUAUCAUGUUGGGGAUGAAGCGAAAUGGAACGUGAUGUUUCAGCGAUUUGUAGACGAGACCGAUUCCAGUGAAAAGUUGAAGCUGAUGAUUGGAUUAGCAGGCAUACGGUCCAGUUGGAUCUUGAGCAAAUUCAUCACUACGGCUACCGAUGAGAAUUACGUGCGCGCUCAAGAUUUCUUCCGUUGUUUAACUACAAUCUCGAAGAAUCCUGUCGGCACACCGUUGGUGUGGGACUGGGUGCGCGCGAACUGGCAAUUCCUGGUGGAUCGAUACACAUUGAACGAUCGAUAUCUCGGUCAACUCAUACCUGGUAUCACGAAAUCCUUCACCACGGAAACGAAACUGAACGAAAUGAACGCCUUCUUCGAAAAGUAUCCCGAGGCUGGCGCUGGCGCGGCUAGUCGUGCGAAAGCUCUCGAGACUGUUUCGAACAAUAUCAAAUGGCUCGCGCGGAACAAAGAUAAACUCGGCGAUUGGCUGAACGAGCACACACAUAGCAACUAAAUUCUUCAAUGGUAAACUAGCGUGUUAAACGUGUCAAACGAAAGCGCCAAAGAACUUCUCAUUGCACGAGACAGUACUUCGAGGAAAAGGAGGCUUGAAGUCAAACUGUAAAAUUUUUCUUAAAGGACGCAUAAAGGUAAAUUAAUCGAGAUUUUUUAUAAUAUAUAAUCUUUUACACAAAUAUUGUGGCGAAAUUACAAUGUAAGAUAUUGCUAUAUCAAAUUGUGUCUUCAUUCAUAUAAUUUUUUAAUAUAAAUAACGUUAAAUUCUUAUUAACGGACGUAUAAAGAUAAUUAAAAUUUUUUAUAAUAUAUAAUAUUUUAAAUAAGUAAUGAUAAAAUUUUAAUAUAGGAUAUUGCUACAAUAAAUUGUAGUUUUAUUCGUAUAAUUUUAUAAUAUAAAUAACGCCGCCGUGAGACAAAUCAUGAUGUUAGAUCAGGGAACUUGCAUUUUUUACGUUGACCAUAAUUCGUGAUUGAAAGUGUUAAUCUGUUACAUAAUCAUACAUAUGUAAUAUGAUAUAAGACAUAAUAUAAUGUAAUAUUAAACAAACGACAAUAUGUGCCUACGCUGGACACAAAGAUACCAGUCUGCAUUUUGUGCGAGUCGUUUUUUAUAUAUGUUUACAAACAGCCUUGUAUAGUCAGAGAUAUAUACACAAGUUUAUAUGCAAAUAUAAUUCUGUGAUCAAACGCAAGCUCGCUCUUGCGCCGCCAAUCGCUCGUUCGCUGUCCCCGAAAUCACUCGCGUUUUGGUCCCGAAGAGAUAGUUUCGCGCGCGAGAAGUGAAAAUUCGGUGAAGGUCGGGUCCGUUAUGGCGUGCGAUUGUUACGAUCGUUACGAUCUACUUCUCGUGAAAUUGCUUUAAUGCGCACUCAAUUGACCGAUUAUUGCCGUAAAUAAAGUAACUCAGACGCCAA